UUCUCAUAUACACUCACCACGUCCUUCGACUCUACCUCUACCUUACUUUUACUUUUUACGACUUUCGAUCGCGAUCGAAACACAUCUUCCUUGUGUGUCUGUGACUUUUUUUCAUCUCCUCUUUUAUUAUCAAUAAGAAAACAAACUAGAAAAAAAAACGGAUAAAUCAAAAGUGAAGAAAAGCGCGAGGACAAAAUGAAGUCAAUUGUGGCCAAUAAUUAGUGCUUAAAGAAAAGUGAAUUAAAAAUCGUUUGUGAUCGGGGAAAAAAAAAUUUGUGAAUUUCAAAGUCUCUCCUUUCUCUUUCUUCUUUGCCAGACGUGAACGAGAGAGUGAGAGAGGAUAAUUCUCCAGGAAUAUCAGAAAGCGGGAUUCAUAUAGAGAUCCGCAUCCACCAAAGGAUCGCGAGAGCGUAGAAGAGAGAAAGAGGAAAGUGUAUAGUGCAGACAUGUGGUUGAAGAGCGCGCUUUUAAUAUGCUGCGCUGUGUCUACACUGGGAGAUGAAAGAAUCGUUGCAAAGUUAAGGCCGGCACAAACAUACUCGAAUAUUCAAUCGGAAAAUAUUGAAGCCGUCACUUUUCGGGACAGAUCGAUACCAAUCGAAGAAUAUGUAACAUCGCGAAAAGCUCAUAUUGCAAAGUACGACGACGAUUACUACGGUGGUGGUGAAGAUGAAGAAAUAAAAGUUGUCAAGACACAAAAUAAAAAAGUGCCCGAACGACUUGAGAAUUUAGAGAAAAAACAAACAUCAUUCAAGGAAAAUGAUCGAGUUAUUCCUAAAAAGCAAACGCGUGUCGAGUUGGAAAAUUUCAGUGGCACAGGAGUGUUGCAUGAAGAUGGAAUCAAGAAAGUUGACUCACAUCGAGCACAAGUCACUCGUCAAAGAGAUUCUGUCAUUCCUGGCGUUUAUGUCAGCAAUGAAUAUCAGACGACAAUGUUGCCCACACUGACCACACCACGGGAGGCUCGCUCCUUCGAUUUUAUUCCUGUGAACAUUAUUCGAGAGGACAGCAAAGAUGCAUACACUUCAUAUGCAGACCGUCAAUUCGGCGACUUGAGUGAUGUUAGCUUAGUGCCAGCAGGCACGAGUUCACGAAUUCAAGUGAAAAAAGGACCGAAUGGCAAGGACUAUGAAUAUGAGUACGUCUACUACUAUUACGACGAGGAUGACGAGGGAAAAGCAAGUUCCGCCACAAAUACUCAAGACACUUCCAGCAGGACAACACCCUCGUCGUCCAGACGUGGUGCAACAAAUGUCAACAGAAGUAAAUACACAAACGUGGAAAGGUCCACUACCGCCGAACCUGUUAGCAACGAAGUUAUUCCAAACAGAAAUAGAGGCAGACAACUUGCUGAGGCUGAUGAAAUUUCCGAAGAACGCCUGCCAACUAACACUAGAUUCCCACCGAGAUCUCGUUCGAAUCACAAUACGGGAACUACAGAAUCGAGUCGAGUGCGGGGCAAUCGACCAAGACCCAGUUUGGAACUAGUGGACUCCAGCAGUUUUCGCACCCAUCAAGAGGGACCAGAAUUUCCACAGAACUUACCAAAAGGACCGGUUAGAUUCAUUGGAGUCACUCCUAAUGAAGAUAACGAAGAGAAACCGUCUAAAAACCGAGCCAGACCUCAUCGGGUACAAGAACCUGCUCCGGUCGAAGAAUCCAAUGAUGAUGUUCAGCCUAUUUUUAGAAGACGACCUGCUUCAAGUGUCGACCACGAGGCCCAAGCGGAACUUAACAGAGGUCAACCAUCCAGACAAGCAUCAAGUGAAGAUGUCGAAUCCGAAACCCCGGGAAUAGUCUACCACAAUUCGGGCGAAAAGAAGACUCACCUGACUGAAAAACAAGAUACGGAAUCCUCCGAUUUGACAACUACGGACAUUCCGACUACGGAGUACCCUUCGGCCAUGGACAAAGUCGCUUUGGAUCUUUACGCCUUCUUUCAGCAAGGUCAAAGCAAUCUCGUUGAAUCGAGUUCUGAAUCCGAUUCCACUAAUGAUAGUACAACCCUAUCUGAAGGCGAUUUUACGGAACUGAUUACAACCACCGAACCUGCGACUCCUGCCGUUACGACAGAAUCCACUACUACAUCGACUGAACCAUCGACAACCACUACCACAACUCCAGAGCCGACAACUUCGGCCACCACCACCACUGGCAGAGGCAAAUUCCGUCGACCAGGCGUGCCAGGCGGUCCCAUCUCCAGAAACAGAUUCAAACUCAAUGGCGGUGGAUCAACAACAGAAUCCAGCAACUCCGCUGCGGAACCAACACAAAAAGUCAGAGGAAGAUUUGGCAGCAAUGGCAACAGUGGAUUCAAAAGACCAAGACCGGGACAAAAGCACCCAGUCGAUGAAGAAGUACAGAAGGAAAAUGCCGCUCCAACGAACGCAGAGAAACCAAACGGCACUCGCAACAGAUUCCGAGGAACUGGCAAUCGAAAUAUUUCCGGUACCACUCCAGGAUCUGUCACCCCAGCUUCAUCCUCUGGUCCAGUGGCAAAUUCUCCCGCACUUCGACCGACAUUCAACAAACUAAAUAUUAAUCGCAGACGAGGCAGACCUUCCACAGCCUCCCCAUCAGCCAGUGAAGAAACGUCAGAAGGAGCCGAACCCGAAACCCACGAAGCUGUCACUCCAAAGCCAAGUGCUCGACCAAAGCUACCGGGAGUUGCUCCCCGACCUGCUCGACCAGGUGCCAGAGUUAACCUAAGACCCCGACCAGGACAAGCGACAAGCACCACGGCUGCUCCCGAAGCUGCCGAGGCUUCCGUCGACGAGCCCGCUAGCGAGGGUACCGAGGAGGAAACACACGCCGCUCCAGCAGAAUCGAGUCCACCGAAUCGUUUGACGACCGUCAAUCCACUAAAUAAACUGCGCAACCGUAACCGACUGCAGGUACAACCGAAAACUACGACAAGAUCACCAAUUUCAACAACGCCUAGAAGAUCGCCUCUAUUACCUCGUCGAAAAACAACUGAAACUCCAGUCGAAGAGCCCGUACACGAACAGGAGAGCGAAGAAGAAUCUUUCGCCGAAACAGAACCAACGGAAGUUUCAAUUGCCGAAACAAGUACAGCCGCAAGCACAAAACACGAAGAAGUCAGAGGAUUAAGUGGUCUUUUAGCUCCGAGAAGAAGGAUAGCACCACGCCGUCCCGGUCAAAUAAUAUCUCGAGAAUAGACUUUUUCUUAAUAAUUCCCUUUUUUUUAAUUUUAUCAAAAAUAUCAAUUUUCGUUAACUCUUAAUCUUUUUUCCCAAGAAUAAAUGGCCUUCUGGUUUAAAAUUAAAAAAAACUCACAAAAAAAAGUCUUCCAAAUUACCCAAAAAAAUGGAUUAAUAAUUAUUAGUGGAAAAUGACUAAACGGACUUGUGCACUUUAAGCUAGUCUCUAAACAAGCGCACUUCUUAAAAAUGAAAGUGCCAUUAAGAAAAAAAAAAAUACUCAAAUCGACUGACAAAAAAAACUUGGACAGCUUUUAUAUUCCUACAGUGCACAAAAUACCUUAAAAUAUAAGUCCGAGUUUAUGCCCGAAAAUGAAUGAAUUCAGAUUUUAAAUUGAAUUUUUGUGUGAUCCUAUACAAUUGCAGUGAUUUAAAUUUACAAAGUAAUUAACGAACAAAAAAAUCGUAAUUUACCUGGUAAAAAUAUUUAUACUGCACAACAAUAGUGAUGGUAAUUAUUAUAUUUAAUUCGACAUGACUUGUGCGUGUACUUCUUAUUUAAUUAUCUUUUUAUGUUUUAUAUUCUGAUGUUGUAUAUGUACGUUUAAAGCAUAUAAUAUCGUAUCUUUAAUAUUUGAAGAAUAAUGUUUUUUUUUCAAGUACGAAAAAGUUGGCAAUAUUAAUGUGCCUUAUUACGUUUGCUCCUACUUUUAUAGAAUAGCUUAAGCUCCAAAAAUAAUGUAAAUAUUAUUAUUAUUAUUAAAUUCAUGUCUAAAUGACAAUAAUCGUA